ACUACAAUUAGAUGAUCCGAAUCUGAUAGGCCUACCUUUGUUGACACUGAAAUGCUGUGGACAUUCCUACAUAUGUAAUUCUUAUAAUACAGCCUAAAUGAAAACACAGUUACAAACCUUACAGAAUGCAUAACUCUGCCCCAUCCUGCUCCUCUUUAGAAAGGUAAAUUCGAUGUCCCAUUUCUCUAGAUAUUUACAUGCAGUCUUUACUUUUUUGGCAGGAAUGCCCUCUCUCUCCUUGCAUCCAUCCAUCUCUCCCUGUUCCAGGUUUGUUCCCGCUGUCCGGGUGGCAGUUCUCGCGAGGUGGAAGUGCUGAACCAUUUGUAAUUUCUGCCCCUGCUGACUGGAACUACAGACACAUUCCAAGUAUGAUCUUGAGAAGAGCUGAUAAAAAUGAUGAUGGUAAGCUGUCGUUUGAGGAGUUUAAAGCGUACUUUUCAGAUGGAGUUCUGACAGGGGACGAACUGAAGGAGCUCUUCCAUAAGAUCGAUACUCAUAAUACAGACAAUGUGGACACAGAUGAGCUGUGUGAAUACUUCUCACAACAUCUUGGAGAAUAUGAAAAUGUUCUUGCUGCUUUAGAAGACUUGAAUGUCUCUAUUUUAAAGGCUAUGGACAAAACCAAGAAGGACUACCAGGAAGCUACACACUUGGAGCAGUUUGUGACUCGGUUCCUGCUGAAGGAAACAACAAACCAGCUGCAGUCUCUGCAGAGCUCGCUGGAGUGUGCCGUGGAGACCACGGUCGAACAGACACGGCAGGAGAGAAAGGCUCCUGUGAAGCCAGAGGUGUUGUCGAUUCAGUGGUCAGGAAGGCGAUCCAGUCGAAGACUGCAAAGAAAUAACAGCUUGUCUCCAAACAACCCGCUGCUCAGCCUCGUCAAUUCAGGUGUGCAUGAGGACAACAGUCAGUGGAUGGUUCAGAUAAACAGACUGCAGAAGCUAAUCGAUCGGCUGGAGAAAAAGGAGCUUCGUCUAGAACCCGUAGAAGAGGAGCUCUCGGAUGGCACCACCAAAAUGCACAUCCUUAUAGUGCAGAGGCAGCUCUCAGUGCUGGAGGACGAGGUGGAAGAGUUUCGUUUGGCUCUGAGGCAGUACGUGGAUUGUGCCAGCGCCCAGACUGGCUGCCUCCACAUUGUAGUUCAGAGGAUUGCUAAUGAGUCACGCUUUAUAAUCUAUGAAUUCUGGGAGCACACCAGUCUGUGGAAAAAUCAUCUGCAGACAAACUCCAGCAAAACCUUUCAGAGGAACAAUGUGGAUUUCUUGGAGACACCAGAGAUUACAACAACGAUGCUGGUACCAGCAUCGUGGUGGGUCCUGAACAACAACUAAAAGUGCAAUAAAUUACCAGGAUGAAUAGAAACCUAGUGUAAAUCCUCUUGAUGGUGCACUCUCGUGAUAACACUCAUUGUGAAUUGUGAACAUUAUUAACCACCAAUUCUCCAUACAU